AUGGAUCCGGAGGAUAAGGUGGUGGCGAUGGCGGAGGAAGAGGAGGAAGAAUUGGAGGAGCAAAUGGACAGCUUGACCCUCGAACGAGUCGCGGCGGCCAAGAAAUUCAUUGAGGAUCAUUAUAAAAGCCAUAUGAAAGACAUGCAGAAACGCAGAGAAAGGCGUCAACUGCUAGAGAAGAUGAUAGCUAAUUCUGAUGUAUCAGAGGAGGAGCAGAUGAACCUUUUGAAUGAAUUGCAGCGUAAAGAGACAGAGUAUAUGCGUCUUAAAAGGCACAAAAUAUCUGUAGAUGAUUUUGAUCUCUUAACUAUUAUAGGAAGAGGAGCCUUUGGAGAGGUUAGACUUUGUCGGGAGAAAAUAUCUGGUAAAAUAUAUGCAAUGAAGAAGUUGAAGAAGUCAGAAAUGGUUAGCAGGGGACAGGUUGAACAUGUCAGAGCUGAAAGAAAUCUGCUUGCUGAAGUUGCUAGUCACUUUAUUGUGAAACUUUAUUAUUCAUUCCAAGAUGCCGAAUACUUGUAUCUUGUAAUGGAAUACCUACCUGGUGGUGACAUAAUGACUUUACUAAUUAGAGAGGAGACCUUAACUGAAACUGUCGCUAGAUUUUACAUUGCUCAAAGUGUUCUGGCAAUAGAGUCUAUUCACAAGCAUAAUUACGUCCACAGAGAUAUUAAACCUGACAACCUCCUGUUGGACAAAAAUGGUCAUAUGAAGCUUUCUGAUUUUGGCCUUUGCAAACCUCUCAACUGCGAAAAUUUAUCUUGUAUGAAUGCAAAGGAACCAAUGAAUGAAGAUAACUCGAGGGGACUACUUGAUGCCAAUGGAUGCUUACCUGAUAAGGGAGAUGGUAGCAGCUGGAAGAGUCCCCUUGAACAAAUGCAGCAUUGGCAAAUGAACAGGAGGACAUUGGCAUUUUCAACUGUUGGCACGCCUGAUUACAUUGCUCCAGAAGUAUUAUUAAAGAAAGGUUAUGGCCUGGAGUGUGAUUGGUGGUCACUUGGAGCUAUUAUGUAUGAGAUGCUGGUUGGUUAUGCUCCAUUCUACUCUGAUAAUCCAAUAACAACAUGCAGAAAGAUUGUACACUGGAGAAAUAACUUAAUAUUUCCAAAUGAUGUGAGGGUAUCUCCUGAAGCAAGGGACCUGAUCUGUCGGUUGCUUUGUGAUGUUGAAAAUAGGCUAGGUUCUAAUGGGGCGGAAGAACUAAAGGCUCAUCCUUGGUUCAAAGAUAUACAGUGGGACAAACUUUAUGACAUAGAUGCAGCAUAUAAACCAGAGGUCAAUGGGGAACUUGAUACUCAAAACUUUAUAAAAUAUGACGAGUGCUAUGGUAGAGAUAAAGGUCCAGCUGCUAUUGAGGAGAAUGAUACUCGACUAGAAGAUUUGAAUUUUUGUUGUAGCAAAAGUUUGACUGGAUUGGUUGGUCUUGCUACCUAUCUAUGUCCAUGUCUUUCUGAUGUCUCACUAGAAAAGGUGGCAAUUCACUACAAAUCUCUUGAAACUUCAUCAUUAUAUUCAGAGUUCGAUCACGAUGGAGGCUUGCUUUCUGCACGCAAAGGAUGGCCUCUUUUCAAUUCUUUGGCCAAAUGA